AUGGGUGAUCAAGAUCCCGAGCUCGCAAACACCGCUAAUGCCAACGCUGAGGAGCCCAUCCAAAGCCCGCUGCCCAAGAUCUCGCACUCCCGGAGCUCUUCAUGCAGUUCAUUCUAUAGCCAGGAUGACGAACAAGCUUUCACCAACCGAGCUGACCCGGCUGUCCUCCGCAAUCGAAUCAGCAGCAAGAAGGUGCUCUCCAAACUUGAUGUUACCUGGACCAAUGCCCGACCUCGCAACAUCCAGAACGCUACAGCUGUUUGGGGCACAUUGAAUAAUUCCUCAACUGAAGAAGCGUCUGUUGAUGCUCAUACAUGCACUCAUGACCAGCCUGCAACCUCUACAGACGGCAAUCACGGCGGCACUACCACGGCAAACAACCGCGACGCUCUUUCCCCCAAAACAAGCGAGGGUAUCAAGACUCACAGAACUUGGAACACAGUGGGAUAUAUCGCGAUGGCUCUUGCCUUGACCCCGCAAGACUCUGAUCGGAGAGGAAGCUCUUCCUUCACAGGAAAUGACGAGGUUUUUGAUCAGAAAGAUGUGAACAACUUUGCUGGCAAGAACGACAGUGAUAACGGUGGCAAGUCAGGAGAUCAUAGAGUUGCACAGGAGACCGAGAAGCUACUUGAACAUGGGAUUGUUGGCUGGAAGAAGCGUGAUGGAAUAUUCCAACAAGGGGGACCGCCCUUGGAGGACGAUGUCUUCUCACUCCCUCGUCCCGUUCCUGGCCAAUUACAACAGCCAGCCCCGCUAGCUCUGCAGGCUACGCAUCACGAUUGUAUAAGAAAAUGA